UAGAGUGUAGUAUAAUGUAACAUUUUCGGCAGAUGAAACACUUACUUUUCGCCAGCGCCUAGUAAUCGAGUCUUAAAAGACUUAAUCUAAUUGAUCUUAAGUUACUUCUACAAAUGGACACAAAUAACAUUUGCGCAGCUGACACUUGUCCAGGUAAUUUGGCAAAUGCCUCGGCGUCUUUACUUUUUGCUCUGCUCAAUACUCUCACAGCCGCUAAAUGUGCUUUGGCGUCGCCUGAUGAUUAUCCCCAAGACUAUGGACCGUCGUUGAAAGAUGGAGAUGAGUUUGACUUCAUUGUGGUAGGAUCAGGAUCCGGUGGAUCUGUAGUCGCUAACCAGUUAAGCCAAAAUCCGGAUUGGAGGAUUCUUGUCUUGGAAGCUGGUGGAAUUCCUUCUUCUAACAGUGAUAUUCCAGCUCUCCUGUUCACUGUACAACUAUCAGAAGAGGACUGGCAGUACAAAACACAACCAACUGAAGGCCCCAAAGGAUCUUGUUUGGGCCUUAUUAACAAACAAUGCAAUUGGCCCAGAGGGAAAAUGUUGGGCGGAAGCAGCGCCAUGAACGCCAUGGUUUACAUCAAGGGAAACAAGAAUGAUUACGACCAAUGGGCCCAGCUGGGAAACCCCGGUUGGGACUGGGAAAGCGUCAAGGACUAUUUCACGGAAUUGGAAAAUGUCCAGCCGCCUGAAGAUAAGGUUACUCCAUUGGGUACGAAGGGAUUGCUGCCAAUUACGAAAGUACGGCACAAUAGUCCACUUAGAAAAUCAAUGAAUCAAGGCUUCAACGAACUAGGAGUUCCGUUUCUUGAUGAGCAAAAUCCCGAAAACCCAAUAGGUGCAGUUGAUACUCCAAUCUGCGUUCACAAUGGCAUUCGAGCAAACACCGGCAGGAAAAUCCUAGGUGCAGUCAAAACCAGAAAGAAUCUAUUUGUUAGUAUACAUUCUAUGGUACACAAAGUGAUAAUUAAUAAGGAAACCAAAGCAGCAACUGGAGUAGAAGUUAAAAUCGGUGAUAGACUUAUACGCCUACGAGCCACGAAAGAAGUUAUAGUCUCAGCAGGAGGAAUCAACUCACCCCAAUUAUUAAUGCUGUCUGGUAUUGGUCCGAAACAACAUUUGACCGAUCUAGGAAUCGAAACCAUAAAAGAUUUACCUGUAGGAAAAAACCUCCAGGAUCACUUGAUGUUCAUCUCGUAUGACGUCAAAUUUGACGUUAAUGCCAUUGUACCCAUAGAUUUAAUCGAUGCAAUCUACGAAUAUUUCAGACACAAAACGGGACCCUUGAGCAACACUGGCCUCACGAACUACUUGAAUUUUGUCAAUCCACGAAACGACUCAAUUUGGCCGAGUAUCUCUUACCACAAUCUUCUCCUCUAUCCCAACGAUGAAAUGACUUUUUUUAUGGCAUACAGAACGCAUAAUGUUCCAGAUGAGUUGAUCAAGGAAAAAAUUAAGGCAUGUCGGGAUAAACCUUGCUUAUCGCAUAUGGCUGUGUUACUAAAUCCAGUGUCGAGGGGUGAGCUUCUUUUAAACACUACAAAUGUGUACGACCAUCCUCUUCUUUACAGUGGAUAUUUCACUGAUGAAGCCGAUGAAGAUAUGCAAGUUAUGGUAGAUUCUAUCAGAUUUUCAGACAAGUUAUUCUUCGAGACCGAAGCUCUAAAGGUGCACAAUCCGGAGCUGGUGCGACCAAUAGCUCCAGCUUGCGACGUAUUCGAGUACAGAUCAGAUGAUUACUGGAAAUGCGUUUUAAGGCACUUUAGCAUCACCAUUUACCAUCCUACCAGUACGUGUGCGAUGGGGCCUGAUGAGAAAACUGCUGUAGUAGACCCGAGAUUGCGAGUUCAUGGUAUUAAAAACUUGAGAGUGGUAGAUGCGAGUAUUAUGCCACGCGUGGUUAGUGGCAAUACGCAUGCGCCAACUAUGAUGAUUGGGUUCAAAGCUGCUAUUAUGAUUAAAGAAGACUGGGCGUAAUAGAACUUUUAUAUUCCUGUGUAAUUUAGGAUAAACUGUUAAUUAUUAUUAAUAAUAGUUUUCUAAUAAACAACAAUUAUCGUUUUA